AUGAGGAGCUCGCGGGAUCUAAACCCAGUCUGGAAGUACUCACAACCUGAAGCGCAGGCCCUAUCCUGGACACGCAUCCUAUCUAAUAUUUCGGUACACGCCCCUAAAGCGGUGUCGGCAGUCUCGCCUGUCUCUGGUUUCCGGCAACUCAACCUACUCGGUGAACCCUUCCCCCCGGGUCUCCGCAAAGAAAACGCUUUUGGGCUUAGCGAGUCGAGUUUCACAUCCAACAAUAGCAGGAAAACAAAGCGCUUCCUGCUCUCCAAACUGGCCAACAUCAUCCUCGCCGGCUGUAUUGUCGCCCUCGUCGUCGGCAUCAUCUUCAUCUCCAACCGGAAACAUGAAUCCGCGGCUUAUGAAGCCGAAAUCGCGGCGGCCGCUUCAAAUUCCUACGCUAUAUUAGGGCGUAAUCUCGAAACACCUGAUGUAUUCGACGAUUUAACUCCGGACGAAUACAGUCUAGUGUAUGGAUUUUUGAUGCACAGUGAAGAUUUGAAUUUAGUGAUCUAUGCUAGAGCAAAUAUUUCCAGUAACUAUGUGUAUUUGAUAGAGUUACACAUACCGCCAAAGGACGAGGUGUACCGGUACUGGAGCGGAGACGCCAACCCGCCGACAAGGGAGGCUCGGGUGCUCAUCAUGCGUGGACAAAGCGUGCCGCCUGUCAUUGAGGAGUACAUCGUGACGCCUGCCGACUCGCCAUUGACGUUACGUCCGACGAAAAAUGCGUUUUACGUCGAAUCUCCAAUACCGUUUGCAUAUAAACCCAUCGAUAAAGUGGAACAGAAGCAUUUGAUACAAUAUGAAUUAUAUCAAACACUGUUGGCUCUGAAUUCGUUGCUGAUGGAUAUCUUUCACAUGCGAUAUGAGACCAACUGUUUCGCUGACGUCACGUGUGUUCAACUAGCGUUUUAUGACAACUCUUCGCGUCAUGAAAACACGCGAUACACGUGGGCUAGAUUGUCACGUGGUACACAUGAACGCUUGAUUCCCAUAGGUCUUGAUGUUUUACUUGACCAAUCAUCGACUUCACCCGCUGAUUGGUCAAUUAAGGGCAUAUUGUUUCGCGACGCGUUUUACACUAGUCUGUUUGACCUACUGAGAGUUUAUAAAUCCAAAUAUCAAGGACAACACGAUCCCGAUGCUAAUACCAGCGCUGAAACUCCAGAAGGGGAAAGAAUAUUUUCCCCUUCUGGUAAUUCAUAUCCUAACUACCCUGACUUUACGGUCAAAGGUCAAACGUUGACGUACGGCCAAUGGAUGUUAACCUUACAUUUUAGCAUCAACAACGGUUUGUCCGUAUUUGACGCGAUGUUCAAUCAGGAGAGAAUCGUGUAUGAAAUCAGCCUACAGAAAGUUAAAACAUUACCAGACACAUUCAUGGAGGCUAGAGGAUUGUUUGGCGCCUCCUGUCGGCGACUGGUCCCAGGUAUAGACUGUCCGGAAACGGCGGCUUUUCUGAACUUUUCGGCCUUCGUCGAGACAGAUCGACCCUUUCUUCUUCUAGACAAGGUGUGUGUCUUCGAGUCAUUUGACCCAAUACUUCACGCGUCCCAGAGUGGCCCAUUUUUAGUAUUGAGAACCGUAUCCGCGACACAAAACGGGGAACAUGUCCUUGACUAUGUGUUCAAGCGAAACGGCGAAAUUAUUGUUCAGAUCAAUUCAGUCUCAGAGGAGAUCUUAAUACCCGAGUUGAAAACACGACCGGGCACAGACACUGAAGAAGUGGGAUUUAAUCUGUUCCAGUUUAAAGUCGACAUAGAUUCCAGAGAAGAAACGCUCGCCAGUCAGUUGUAUAUGACCGGAAUAAAGGCGGAGACGCAGUCGGUGGUACUGGACUCCACCCAAACCAUUAACUUCCCUCGGCUGUCUCGCUUCACUAAACUCGUCACCAAUGAACGAUGUCUGCCUACAAAUGCAACAACGGAAAGACCAGAGUUUGUUAUACAUAACAACUCACCCUCGAUUACAUAUAGGAUCACUGUUGACUCAAACGUUAAUGUCGCGUUCUUACAGAAAUUUGCAACCACACACAAAUGGUUGAACUGUCCCAUUUUGGUUAUGAGGUACAGUGAUUCGGAGCGCAACCCCGGCUUGUUUUCCCUGAGGGACGGCGCGGUUACAUCCCCCGGGGAGUACGGUACGCACAUCGAUGACGAGAACCUCAGGGAGCAAGACUUGCAAAUGUGGGUAACAGUCGGCACCCAAACCGUUCUGAGCACUUCCACCGGGAGCCAGUCGUUGUCCGCGAGUAUUCGCAUUAUUCCGAAUGCGUAA